AUGAUCGACCUAGCCGACGGCCUGGUCAUGUGGUUUGUCUUUGUGCGCGGCAUAUCGCGAUCCGAGCACGGCAUCAUGGCGGCAAUUUGGUGGGCGCGAUGCGAGACCGAGGAACAGCACGUGCCCUUGCGCGCGCUGAUGAACCACGAUGGCAUCAAGGCGCUCGCAAAAUUCUUCAAUGCUCACAAGGACCGGCUCGCGGAGAUCCUAGCGGACAUCAAGCCAGAAACCCUACUCGAGGAACUUGGAGAGUAUCCCAACCAGCAGGCCACGGCGCUGAAGCAGAUCCAGCGCCUUCUGCAAGGUGCCGUUCAUGGGAGAUCACGAGUCUAA